AUGGAAGAGCAUUUGCGCAAAUCGCUGACCGACGUCACGUUGUCCAUCAGUGAGGCCGCCGAAGCCCAAAAGGCAUCGUUGGACCAGUUGACCGAAGGCUAUGAAAAACUUAGACACAAGUAUUGGACCGUGAGCAAUGCGUUUGACGAGAGCAAGGCCUACGUUAGUUCGGCCAAAGAACAGCUGGAGGAACUAACGGAGACGCGCGAAGCACUCGAGAUGCAGUCGGAGAAGUGCGAGCAAGAAAACGCGCGUGCCGCGAAACGGCGCGACCGCCUGAACGAAACGUUGCGCGAGACGCACAAAAGCGUGGCGGCACUGAAGAAACGCAACGAAGAGUGUACAGCGUUAGUGCAGACAAAAGCGGCCGAUUUGGACGCCGCAAAGACGGAGUUGAAUGACAAGACCGAACUGGUUGAAGCACAAAUCGCAGACAUCGCCGAGUUGAGACGGCAAAACGAACGUCUCCGGCAGAAGACGUCCGAGUUGAAUGAACGCGAGUCGGACGUCGAGCGAAUAGCCGACCGUUUGAUGGACGAGUUGUCCUCCGAACAAAAGCGGCAGCUGACGGACAGGUACGAAGUGUGGAAGGCCGUACUCGAAACCAACCGUGGCCGAAUCGAGCGACUUACGAUCGACGGGAAACGCAGUCGAGCGGCGGUCGACGCACUAUGCCUGGACAUGCGACGCCUGGAAGCGCGACGGACCAAUCUACUUCGGGACUUCAACAGCGGUAACGAACAAAUGGAUCGGCUGAACGACGCGAACCGCCGACUCGAAGACCAAGUCAACGAGUUACGCGACGGCAUUGGGCUCGCGUCGAGAAAACUAGCCGAGCACCGAGCGGACGCCGAGUUGGAAGCGAAAGCGUUGGAAGCAGAAAAACGGUCACUGCGACUCGAGUCAGAGUUCGUGGACAGGACGGCCGAACAGCUGGAAAAGAGUUUGGCCGAUUUGCGACGGUCGUACUUUUCGACUGGAAUGGAAACGGCUUACCGCAAUCGAUCGACAGAAAACUUUAUAUCCGAACCGAAUCGUUUUGCCACCGGCGACCGCGAGAUUAUUAUUUAUUUCGAAUGA